AUGAGUACAGCAGGAGUGGAGCGACGGAGGCCAACCCCAGCACAGACCCCUGAGGAGAGAGAGGGCAGUGUAGUGCAGAGUUAUAGCUUCGACUCGUACCAGCUGGAGGAAGAGGGGGACCAAGGAAUGCCGGAGAGAGGGGUGCUGGCCCUGUCAGAACCGGCCUUUGAGGAGCCAGUCCCUGAUGACCGUUACCAUGGUAUCUACUUUGCGAUGCUAUUGGCUGGCGUGGGCUUCCUGCUUCCCUACAACAGCUUCAUCACCGACGUGGAUUACCUUCACCACAAGUUCCAGGGAUCCUCCAUAGUGUUUGAUAUGAGUCUGGUGUAUAUCGUGGUGGCUCUGGUCGCAGUCAUACUAAACAACAUCCUGGUGGAGAGAAUCAGUCUACACACACGAAUCACCGUGGGUUACCUGUUUGCUCUGAGUCCGCUGGUGUUCGUCAGCGUGUUUGAUGUGUGGUUGGAAUCCUUCACCACCAGACAGGCUUACAUCGUCAACCUCUUCUCUGUUGGGGUGGUCGCCUUCGGAUGUACAGUGCAGCAGUCCAGUUUCUAUGGUUACAUGGGGAUGCUGCCCAAGAGAUACACACAGGGGGUGAUGACUGGAGAAAGUACAGCAGGUGUAAUCAUCUCUCUGAGUCGUAUCUUCACUAAACUCCUGAUCAGUAACGAGAGGAUAAACACACUCAUCUUCUUCCUGGUGUCCAUCACCAUGGAGAUGCUCUGCUUCCUUCUCCACCUCAUUGUCCGACGCUCACGAUUCGUCCUUUACUACACAGGCCCCACCCACCGGGGUCACAGCCUGGGGAAAGGUCAUGACAUCGGGUCGGAGGUCAGCGGGACAGGAUACAGGGUUCACCACGACGUCACUACAGAGGAAGGUAACGGAGUGGUGGCGACGACGUCGCCAUCUGAUGAUGUCACAGAUGAGUUCACAGGAGGGACGUACGUUCGGUUUGGAGUUCCUAAAGACAAGAUCCGGAGAAGCUGGCCUGGACUACGAGAUAUGUUUCUUCACAGGUACAUCGUUGCCAGAGUGAUCUGGGCCUACAUGUUGUCUAUAGCAGUGACCUAUAGCAUCACUCUGUGUCUGUUUCCUGGUCUGGAAUCAGAGAUACGCAACCCAACCCUGGGGGAGUGGCUACCUAUACUCAUCAUGGCCACAUUCAACAUGGCCGACUUCGUAGGCAAGAUCCUGGCUGCGUUGCCCUAUGAGUGGACGGGGGGUCACCUGCUCCUCUUCUCCUGCCUGCGGGUGGUCUUCAUCCCUCUGUUGGUGAUGUGUGUGUAUCCCUCCUCCACCCCAACCCUCUCCCACCCCGCCUGGCCCUGUCUCUUUUCUCUCCUCAUGGGCGUAACCAACGGUUACUUUGGAUCAGUCCCCAUGAUACAGGCUGCUGGGAAGGUCCCGCCGGAACAGAGAGAACUAGCAGGUAACACUAUGACUGUAUCGUACAUGACAGGGUUGAUGUUGGGAUCAGCUGUGGCCUACGCUGCCUAUAGCUUCACUGCACCGGGCUCAAACACACACACACUCACCAACAUCACCACAGGGUAUUGAACACACACACACACACACACACACACACAUACACAUUCACAUACACACACACACACACACACAUACACACACACAUAUACAUACACAGAGCCCAGAAAAGGCCUCAGCGAAAAGGAGUCCCUCCAGACUGACAGGAUACUGAACUCCAGCCUGACCUCUAACCUCUGACCCCUCCGGCCUGCCACACUCCCCAGCUCUCUGCUGUUUCCAGGAUGUUAUCCUGAUUCACCUCCUGAUCCUCCUCGUCUAUACUGCUGGGCUUUCUGCUCUGCCCGGGAGACAACGUGAACAGAACCUCUGAUUGGCUCCCUGCUCUGCCCGGGAGACAACGUGAACAGAACCUCUGAUCGGCUCCCUGCUCUGCCCGGGAGACAACAUGAACAGAACCUCUGAUCGGCUCCCUGCUCUGCCCGGGAGACAACAUGAACAGAACCUCUGAUCGGCUCCCUGCUCUGCCCGGGAGACAACAUGAACAGAACCUCUGAUCGGCUCCCUGCUCUGCCCGGGAGACAACGUGAACCUCUGAUUGGCUCCCUGCUCUGGCCGGGAGACAACGUGAACAGAACCUCUGAUCGGCUCCCUGCUCUACCCGGGAGACAACGUGAACCUCUGAUUGGCUCCCUGCUCUGCCCGGGAGACAACGUGAACAGAACCUCUGAUCGGCUCCCUGCUCUGCACGGGAGACAACAUGAACAGAACCUCUGAUCGGCUCCCUGCUCUGCCUUGGAGACAACGUGAACAGAACCUCUGAUUGGCUCCCUGCUCUGCCCGGGAGACGACGUGAACCUCUGAUCGGCUCCCUGCUCUGCCCGGGAGACAACAUGAACAGAACCUCUGCUUGGCUCCCUGCUCUGCCUUGGAGACGACGUGAACAGAACCUCUGAUCGGCUCCCUGCUCUGCCCGGGAGACAACUUGAACAGAACCUCAGACUCUCAUACACGCCGACUGACACGCCUCUGUGACAUCACCUGUGUGACAGCUAUGACCCGAUGCAUGACAUGAUCCUUGCCUUUCCGUUAGUGAUCUACCGCGGAUCGAGAUGAGGAACCUACCAGUGAUCAAAGUCGGUCUUUAUUCUUCAGGGUUCAUGUCAAUAUAAACGUUGUGAAUGUAAAACAUAUUAAAUAAAAUAUAUAACCGACAAACAUGAAAUAAAA